AGCCUGCUUCGUCUUUUAUCUUCUCUCGAUCAAUUAUAUUAUACCCUACGCACCCUUCCUGCGCACGUUAGCACAGACCGCCAUGGCCUCGUCUCGCCCUCCGCCACCGAAGCCUCUGGACCUGGAGCUCACCAUCGUCUCCGCUAAGCACCUGAAGAACGUGAACUGGAAGAACGGCGAGCUCAAGCCCUACGCGGUCUUCUGGGUCGACCCGGACCGCCGGCUCGCCACCAAGUCCGACGACUCCGGUUCGACCCAUCCCGUCUGGAACGAGCGGUUCACGCUCCCACUCACCCUCCAACUACACGACUCCGUCCUCACCCUCGAGAUCUUCCACUCCAAGCCCUCCGAGACACCCAAACCCUUGGUCGGCACCCUCCGCCUCCCGCUCAAGAACCUGGAAAGCCCAGACGACCAGAACCGGAUCCGAAAAUUCGAGCUCACCCGCCCAUCGGGUCGCCCCCAGGGCAAGAUCCAUGUAAAGCUCGCCGUUCGUGAACGCCCUCUGCCGCCAGAUUACCAUAUUGCCCCUCCACCGAGCUAUUUUUACUCCAGUGCCCCUGUCAUUCCUCCUCCGCGCGACUACAGGGGAUACCCGCCUUCGCCGUACACGUCGCCGCUCCCCGCGCCCUCUCCGUCUCCGCCGCCUCCAUAUCAGUACAGCUCGUAUUCCGAUGCCUAUCCGGGGUACUACUCCGGGUAUUACUCUAACGCGCCGCCACCGCCCCUCCCGCCGAGGCCGUUCUUCGAUCGGCCCGUGAGUUACAGUGGGCCUGGUGGGCCCAGUGGGCCGUCUGCCCCGGUGGACUACUCGCAGUAUGAGCAGAAGCCCAGGAGCUCAAAAAUGGGCGUGGGGACGGGAUUGGCUGUGGGCGCGGUCGCUGGAGCUUUAGGUGGGCUCGCGUUGGAAGAGGGAUUGAAGUAUGAGGAGGAGAAGAUCACUGAGAGAGUUGAGAAUGACAUGGCUGCGCGCGACGAUCAGAGCGAUUAUCACCCUGGUUAUGCUGACUUUUAUUGAUAUAAUUGCGAUCGAAAUUGGCGAGGCUAAAUGUGUAAGUGGCCAAUGCUGGUUUGAUUUUAGGGUACAUAUAUAUGUGUGUGCGUAUACAUGUUGUGUUGAAUUUGGGUCUAGUUUUAAUGCUUUGGAUGCUUGCAUUUAUCGGAUGAAACUUAGUUUGGUAUUUAUGAACUUUAUUAUGGUAAAUAAAUGAUGGGUUCUUCUAGCUCA